CACGAUAACGAGAUUUCCAGACCUUCUGAUUCGCUAAGAGGUUUGCCAAAACUAAGAGGUGACAUCUGAAUGGACCAGUGCCAGCGCGGUUUGGGGUUGGAUCACGGCGCUCUCCACAUCUCGUUUGGAGCUGUAUCUAGAAGAUGAAUGCUAACUUUUGCCAUCUUUCAGCUCCUUGACUUCUGAUACCCCUCCUUCGGUUUUCAUUUCCUCGUUUUGCUUGCUCACUCUAUACUGUGAUUGUGACGAGGCAAGAUCAUGGCGCCCGGACUUAUCGACACAGAAUCAGCGCCUGCAGCGCCUGCAGAUGCGCUGCGUCAGCUCAACGAGGUCACAGCUAACUUUGACGACACGCUGAGGUUCUAUCUGAACGGCACAAAGGUCACACUUGACAAUGCGGACCCAGAAGUCACAGUGUUGGAGUACCUGAGAGGUAUUGGCCUUACUGGAACGAAGUUAGGGUGUGCAGAAGGAGGAUGUGGCGCUUGCACAGUGGUCGUUUCACAGCUCAACCCCACAACAAACAAGAUAUACCACGCUUCCGUCAAUGCGUGUCUGGCACCGCUGGUCAGUGUAGACGGCAAGCACGUCAUAACAGUCGAGGGGAUAGGCAACGUCAAGAGACCGCAUCCAGCACAAGAGAGAAUAGCAAAGGGAAAUGGCAGCCAGUGUGGUUUCUGCACUCCCGGAAUUGUCAUGAGCUUGUAUGCUCUCCUCCGUAACACCGAUGCGCCCACCGAACACGACGUCGAAGAAGCCUUCGACGGCAACCUGUGCAGAUGUACAGGCUACAGGCCGAUUCUGGAUGCCGCACAAAGCUUCAGUGUCAAGACUGGUUGUGGCAAGGCAAAGGCAAACGGCGGAGGUGGAUGCUGUAUGGAAAAGAAUGGCGCAAAGGAAGCCAACGGCGGUGGAUGCUGCAAGACUGAAGGCGCAAAUGGCGAUGACCAACCCAUUAAGCGCUUCACGCCUCCAGGUUUCAUCGAGUACAAGCCAGAUACCGAGUUGAUCUUCCCGCCACAACUUCACAAGCAUGAGUUCAGACCGCUGGCUUUUGGCAACAAGAAGAAGAGGUGGUACAGACCCACAACGUUGCAGCAGUUGCUUGAGAUCAAGAACGCCCAUCCUUCUGCAAAGCUCAUCGGAGGAUCUACAGAGACGCAAAUCGAGAUCAAGUUCAAGGGUAUGAACUACAGUGCUUCCGUCUUUGUCGGCGACAUUCCUGAGCUGCGUCAGUUCAGCUUCAAGGACGAUCACUUGGAGAUUGGCGGAAACGUCGUGCUCACAGAUCUUGAGCGGAUAUGUGAAGACGCUAUGGAACACUACGGAAAAGACAGGGGCCAGCCAUUCGCCACGAUCUUGAAACAGAUCCGUUACUUCGCCGGACGACAGAUCAGGAAUGUGGGCACCCCUGCAGGCAACCUUGCAACAGCCAGUCCUAUCUCGGAUCUCAACCCUGUCUUUGUUGCUCUCAAUGCGACGUUGGUAGCUAAGAGUCUAAAGGAGACGACAGAGAUUCCGAUGUCGACAUUCUUCAAGGGGUAUAGGCAGACUGCUCUGGCUCCCGACGCGAUCAUCGCGGCUCUCAGGAUCCCUGUGGCGAAGGAGAAGGGUGAAUACAUCCGUGCAUACAAGCAAUCAAAGCGGAAGGACGAUGACAUUGCUAUUGUCAACGCAGCUUUAAGGGUGGUGCUUGACGAUGAGCACACUGUCACGGAUGUCAGCCUCGUCUAUGGUGGCAUGGCACCAACAACAAUCGUCGCAAAAAAGGCAACAGAAUUCCUGCAAGAUAGGAAAUUCUCAGAUCUUCAAACCUUGGAGGGGGUCAUGGCUAAACUUGAGGAGGAUUUCGACUUGCGAUUUGGUGUGCCCGGUGGCAUGGCAACAUACAGGAAGACGCUUGCCCUGGGCUUCUUUUACAAAUUCUACCACGAAGUGCUCGCUGGUCUGAACGCUGAAGAGGCUGAGGUCGACACACAGGCAAUUGGCGAAAUUGAGCGAGACAUCAGCAGCGGCUGGAAAGAUGGCAAGGCGGCUGAGGCAUACAAGCAGAGCGAAGUUGGACAAUCAAAGAACCACGUCGCUGCUAUGCAACAGACAACGGGCGAAGCCCAGUAUACCGACGACAUUCCUCUUCAGCGGAAUGAGCUGUACGGCUGCAUGGUUCUGUCAACAAAGGCUCAUGCCAAGCUAGUCAGUGUGGACGCGGAGGCAGCACUAGACCUACCAGGUGUUGCUGCUUACGUAGAUCACAAAGAUCUAGCAACACCAGAAUCGAACUGGUGGGGAGCGCCUUCUUGCGACGAAGUCUUCUUUGCCGUUGAUGAAGUGUUCUCUGCAGGCCAACCUAUUGGUAUGAUUCUUGCGGACACACCAAAACAUGCGGAACAAGCAGCUAGGGCCGUCAAGAUCGAAUACGAGGAGCUACCAGCAAUUUUCACGAUCGAGGAGGCUAUUCAACAAGAUUCUUUCUUCCAACACUUCCGUCACAUCCAGAAGGGAGACACAGAGAAGGCUUUCAAGGAAGCUGAUCACGUCUUCACUGGAACAGCACGCAUGGGGGGGCAGGAACACUUCUACCUGGAGACCCAAGCAUGUGUGGCAGUGCCAAAGCCUGAGUUUGGCGAGAUGGAAAUCUUCAGCGGCACUCAGAACCCGGCAGAAACACAGGCAUACGUAGCAAAGGUCCUCGGUGUCUCUGCUAACAAGAUCAAUGCCCGUGUCAAGCGUAUGGGUGGUGGUUUUGGUGGUAAAGAGACACGAUCGGUCCAGCUCGCCGCCAUUGUAGCGGUCGCAGCCAACAAGGUCCGCAGACCGGUUCGUUGCAUGCUCAACCGAGACGAAGACAUUAUGACAUCUGGGCAACGUCAUCCUUUCCUUGCUCGCUGGAAGGUUGCCGUGAAUAAAGACGGAAAGCUACAAGCACUCGACGCGGAUGUUUUCAACAACGGCGGCUGGAGCCAAGAUCUUUCCGGUGCUGUUGUUGAGCGUGCUCUCUCCCACAUCGACGGUGUCUACUCCAUCCCCAAUGUCCAUGUUCGUGGCAGAGUAGCAAAGACAAACACCGUCUCUAACACUGCCUUCCGCGGCUUUGGUGGGCCACAGGGUAUGUUUAUCUGCGAGACUUUCAUGGAAGAGAUUGCAGACCACCUCAACAUCCCUGCUGAGAAGCUGCGCGAGAUCAACAUGUAUUCGCCUGAGGGGAACAUGAUCACACAUUUCAACCAAGAAAUCAAGGACUGGUAUGUGCCGCUCAUGUACAAGCAGGUCCAGGAAGAGUCGGAAUAUUCUCGCAGGCGUGCAGAGAUUGAAGAGUACAACAAGACUCAUAAGUGGAACAAACGUGGCCUCGCGAUCAUUCCAACAAAGUUCGGUAUCUCCUUCACAGCAUUGUUCCUCAACCAAGCUGGUGCACUUGUGCACAUCUACCAUGAUGGCUCGAUUCUCGUUGCCCACGGUGGAACUGAGAUGGGCCAAGGUUUGCACACCAAGAUGACACAGAUUGCAGCCGAAGCGCUUCAGGUGCCACUCGAAAGCGUUUUCAUCAGUGAUACAGCAACAAACACAGUCGCAAACUCGUCCUCCACCGCUGCAUCUGCCUCGUCGGAUCUGAAUGGUUACGCCAUCUACAAUGCCUGCGAGCAGCUCAACGAGCGCCUGAAGCCGUAUCGCGAGAAGCUCGGCCCCGGCGCCUCAAUGAAAGACCUCGCGCAUAUGGCUUACUUCGAUCGUUGCAACCUUAGCGCCCAGGGCUUCUACAAGACGCCUGACAUUGGCUAUGUCUGGGGUGCCAACACGGGGCAGAUGUUUUUCUACUUCACACAGGGCGUUUCUGCCGCUGAGGUCGAGAUCGACACGUUGACAGGCGAUUGGACGGUACGACGCGCAGACAUCAAGAUGGAUGUUGGCAGGAGUAUCAACCCUGCGAUUGACUACGGUCAAAUCGAGGGCGCCUUCGUACAAGGCCAGGGUCUGUUUACAACGGAGGAGAGUCUGUGGCAGAGGAGCACGGGAGGCAUUUUCACAAAGGGCCCGGGCAACUACAAGAUUCCUGGCUUCAGAGAUAUUCCGCAGGUGUUCAAUGUUAGCCUGCUGAAGGAUGUGCAGUGGGAGAACCUGCGUACUAUUCAGCGGUCGAGGGGUAUCGGUGAACCACCCCUAUUCAUGGGAAGCUGUGUCUUCUUCGCAAUCCGUGAUGCCCUGAAGGCAGCGAGGAAGGAGUUCGGCGAGACGAGCGUGCUGCAUCUACAGAGUCCUGCGACGCCGGAAAGGAUUCGCAUCUCUUGUGCGGAUCCAAUCCUGAAGAGGGCUUGGGUUGAGCCAAAGGAAGGUGAAAAGAGCUUCUUCAUCAGCAUCUAAAUUGAGGAUGCAAGGCGUCAGUGUCAGUCUAUGUAUGUCUAGCAAAUGAGUAUGCAAGUCAAAUCAUUCUUAAGAACACAGUUUGCAUCUCUUCCAGUGCUCAGUUCACAUUAUGCUGAGUUGAGAUAUUCCUUCGCGGUGCGCGAUAUGUUCAUGGUGUUGAGGUGUGAAUGGUUCCUAACGCCUCGCUUAUCGUAAGAUCGAUCGAAGCCGUCGUCGAUCUAACUACAUCUGAACAAUCUUUUAGCAUGACAUCACUGUCUGUCGCGAAGCGCUCAGAGCUUGACGCGUACC